AUGGAGGUUCUGCGUGAGCCAUCAGUUUCUUCCCCUCUCGAUCCCUCUUGCAAGUUAUUCUCUGGUGUUGGGGACCCUCUACCUGAUCCUUCCCUUUAUCGUCGCCUGUUGGGUAAACUUAAUUUUUUAACUCACACCCGUCCUGAUCUUUCCUUCACUGUACAACAUCUUAGUCAAUACAUGCAAGAUCCUCGUCUUCCUCAUCUUUCCGCUGCCAAACAUUGCCUUCGCUAUCUCCUUCAUGAUCCUGGUUUAGGGAUUUUUCUCAAUUCCACUCCCUCUCUUGAUCUCCUCGCUUUUUGUGAUUCCGAUUGGGGCACUUGCCCUGAAUCCAGGCGCUCCGUCAGUGGCUUCUUCAUUAGUCUAGGUGGCAGGCCUGUUUCUUGGAAGUCCAAGAAACAACCUUCCGUCUCCCUUUCCUCUGCAGAAGCGGAGUAUCGCUCCAUGCGUCGUGUUGUGGCUGAGCUCACCUGGCUU